CGCGGUAACCAAGGAGACGAAGAAGGACGCUCUGGGCAGCUAACAGCUGCCGGUGGCUGUGACGCUGACCUGUGGGGUCUCCAGAAGUUUUCACAAAUUACAAUAAUUUUUAGACCAUACUAAGGCGGUAAUCAUGAACACAAAAGAUUUUGUCAUUCUUCCAUGGGGAAAACCUGGAAAUUCUGUAAAACUAAGAUAUAAAAAUGCUCAAGAACUAAGAACGGAGAAAGUCCGAUUAGAAUUGGAGAACCAAGAGUUGGAAAAGAAACUACAAGAAUUUCAAUCAACAAGGAGCAAAGAAAAAGAAGAAAGACAGUCAAAUGGGUAUCACUGGAAAUCUGGACAAGUGGGAAAAUUGGGUACUCAAUCACACAUGAUGUUACAAAAUAAAGGAAAUGUUAUUAAGUUUUCUGCUGGAAAAGUGAAAUUAAAAUUUCUAAAGCAGCAGCUCCAAGAGACAGUGAAACAUCCACUUAAUUAUAAAAUGGCAAGUACUUCUGAAAGUGAAAAUUCCAAGAUAAGAGGGAAAGUUUGUGGACAGUGUGAGAACAAAGCUGCUCUGCUAGUAUGCCUUGAAUGUGGAGAAGAUUAUUGCUCAGGGUGUUUUGCUAAAAUUCACCAGAAAGGGGCACUGAAGUUCCAUAGAACAGUUCUUUUGCAGGCAAAAUCUCAAAUAUUAUCCAGUGUACUGGAUGUUGCUCAUAAGUUUAUAAAGGAAGGUAAUACAAACGAACCAAAAGAGGAGGAUCAUUCUGCUAAAGAUAUUAGUAAAAGUCAACAUAAAUCUAAAUCACUACUUCUGCAGAACAGAAGCUCUGAGGUAGAAAUUUCAACACCCAGAAGAGAAGAAAGCACAGAAUCAGGAGAUAUACUCUUGUGUGAAGGGACAUUCAAUGAAGAAACUUCUGCCCAGUCCUUUCAGGAAGCUUUAAAUGAGUGGAGAACUGGACGUCAUCAUGAUGACAAGAAACAUAAUUUACAUGCAGAAAAAACAGACUCAUUGGAAGAAUGUGAAGUACAAACUAAUCUGAAAAUUUGGAGAGAACCACUUAAGAUUGAAUUUAAAGAAGACAGUCUAUCCUAUAUGGAAAAAUUAUGGCUUAAAAAGCACAGAAGAACUUCACCAGAACAGCUUCGGAAUAUGCUACCAGACACCUUCUUAACUCCAUGUAAAGCCAUUAGUGAGAUACAGUGUUCUCAGAAUGAAAAUGAUGAACAUAGUGAUGUUGAAGAGAUCAGAGUGCAACACCAAUCUCUUUUUCUGCCUCCAGAAGAAUUAAAAAUAGAGAGAUCUGAACCAACUCUAAAAAUAGUAGAGCUGCAUGAUACUUAUGAAGAAGAAAUUGAAGAAGCCAGAAACAUCGUGCCUUACAAAGUUGAAUUACCUGUUGCAGAUAGUCAACAAAGUUGCACAUUUUAUGAUUAUCAGAAUAAUUUUCUGUAUGAAAAUGACAUCCUUCAACAUCAUGUUUUCACAAAGGGAAAAACAGAGUUCUUACAUCUUCAUCUGAACAACAGAUCUUCUUACUAUAAAGAUAACACAACAGCAGCAGAAACUUCAAAUCUAAAUUUUGACAAAAAUGUGGAUCUUGAUAUUUACUCUUCUGCCACUGAAAAGUCAAGGGAAAAUGUCAUUUUUGAAGGAAAUUUUAAUGAGAAAAGAAUAGCUAAAGAGAAUAAUCAAAUAUCUAAUGAUUCCUGCAUGUCAUUUGAGAAGAAACAUUCUUUGCCAGUGAUCGAUUUAGAAGAAUCUUUCAUUAAAACAAAAGUAGCCGAAGACAUUGAGGAAUCCUGGGAAUUUAGCAGUCUGCAUGAAAGGACAAACUUUGAAAAUUCUAAAACUGCAGCAUCACCACUGCUGUUACCUGAAAUAGCCCUCAGAAGUAAGCCUAUAAAUGAACAAUACCAAGGACUUGAAAGAUUCUUUGUUUUUGAUAAAAAUGAAAGACUCAACUCACUUUCUUCUCAUAGUUUAGAAUGCAAUUAUUCAAGUACUACAAUUACAAUUGCAGGAGACAGAGAAUGGAUCCCAGAUCAAAGCAUAAGUCCAUCUGCUGAUAAUUCAGUUGGCUUGGGUGUUAUGCUGAAUGCCAAGGACACAUCAUCAAACACCACAACACAGAAAAAGAUGGAUAAGAGUGGUUACAAUAUGGGGCAAUUAUCACUGAAACCUUCAGCAGCAAAUUUACCACUUUCCAACUCUAUUAAAAAUAACUCCAGCUGCCUUUUCUUCUCUCAUUUUCGACCAAGAAGUGUAGCUGUUCAAUCAUUAUCUAGAGCUGCUUCUGAAAUUUCAGAAAUUGAAUAUGUAGACAUCACUGACAAUAAUGAGCCUUUCUUAGAUGGCACUGCUGAGCAAGAAACCUUAGACAGUUUGGAAAAAGAAUUAAUUAUGCUGAGAAAUCUUGCAGAUCCUUCAGAAAAACUUUACAGCCUAACCUCAGAAGAGUUACCAGCCUUCCACAAUCAUUCACUGAAUUUAAGUCAGACUGCCCUUGAUCUCCUUAAGAACUCAUGUACAAAGGACCCCUGUGGAUUUGAGGAACAGAGCUCUUCUGAAAAAGAUACUGAAAUUCUGUCUUUACUGACACUUUCUGAGAGCAGCACAGAAGAGGAGGAUGAGGAUUUUCUUGACAAGCAACAUGUUAUCACACUACCAUGGUCAAAGAGUACCUAAUAGUUUAUUCAUACUUUUUCCAUUUUGUACCCAUAAUAUAGCAGACAACUUAAAAAAGUAAUAAGUGGUUUCCUGUACAGGUACUGAAUAUUUUGAUUAUUAAUAUCUCUGAUGUUUCAAGGCUUACAGACUAAUAAAGUUAGUGAAAUUAUAAAUUUAAGGACUUUGUCUUCCAAAUGAUAUGUUGUUUGUCAAACACUAUAUUGAAAAUCAGAAAUUUGGUGAAUAUUAAGAAAUAACAGACAUCUGAAGAGGGUUGUGAACCUAUACUCCCAAGUUAUAUGCAGUGUUUUAAAUCAACUUAACUCAAUAAAAAAUAAUUCAAUGAAAAUGCAGUAUAUACAAAAAAGAAAUAACAGUUUAACUGUGUUACAUAGGGACAGAACAUUUGUUAAAUUUCAUUUUAAAUAAUUAUGUCAUCAAAAGAGUGUACCUUUGACAGUUUAGUCAUGAAUGACAGUAUCAUUAAGGAGCCUGAAACUCAAUUUUUUAUGUUGGUAAUUACAGGUUAUUUUAU